GCAACAAAUUGCCCUAAAUUUCCCCACACCCUCACCCCAACCUGCCCGACCACCUUCAUCAGCUUCAUCGACUUCCUCAUCGUCCGCUCUGAUGGCACCAAAUUUCUUCUAUAAACUUGGCACACCCUCGACGAAUUCUCAAAACAAUUCGAAUUCAGCGACAUCGGCAAAACGUACGCCCGAGGGCAAUCGGGCCGAUACUUCCUUAGGUAUUCUAACCAAAAAAUUUGUCGAUCUUCUGCAAGAGUCACCCGACGGGGUGGUAGAUCUGAACGAUGCCUCAACAAAGUUGUCGGUGCAGAAACGUCGCAUCUAUGACAUUACCAAUGUCCUGGAGGGUAUCGGCAUCCUGGAAAAGAAAUCGAAAAAUAACAUUCAAUGGAAGUGUGGCAAUUCGCUGUUGACCUCAGAACGCUCGAAUGACAUAAAGCUGGAGAACGAACGUCUCGAACAGAAGGAGAAUGAGUUGAAUAUGUUGAUCGAUCAGAUACGCAACGAGUUGCAUGGCGAGAUAUCGCGUAACGAUCAAUUGGCAUAUGUGACGCAUAGUGAUUUAUUGAAUGUUGAUCUGUUUAAAGAUCAAAUAAUUAUAGUUAUUAAAGCGCCACCAGAAGCAAAACUUGUGUUACCUGAUUCUUUAAAUCCACGUGAAAUUCACGUUAAGGCCGAAAACAAUGGUGAAAUCAAUGUUUUCCUUUGCCAUGACACAUCACCGGAAAAUUCACCCAAUUUCGGUCAAACUGCAGCAUUGGCUCAACGUCAAACACCAGGUGGUCCAGGUGGUGACCUAGGACAUCCACAUGAUCCAAUAAUUGACGAUUUGACGCCCAUGAUGGAAGCAGAGAAAAGGCGUAGAUUAGGUUUACCCUCAUCAACAUAUCCCACAAAUGUACGUUCGGCGCAACGUAAUCUUAGUAAAUCCAUUGAAGAAGCUGCACGACAGGACUUGUCUUUGGAUGCCUACAACCACAGUCAGGAUCCACAAAAUCAACAGACCACCACCAUUGUGACUGAUGACGAUUUCAAUAUAUUUCCCACAAUAACAAGACCUGUAAUUACCCAAGUGGCCACCGAACACCACCAACAAAGAAGGCAUGCCCAACAGCACCAAAAACUUAACACUGGCAUCGAGGAUGCCAUGGUUUCGUCGGUGGGCAUGAUGGUGUGCCAAACAAAUGCCCAACAGCAGCAGCGGCGCAUAACUGGUGAUAGUAACCCGGACAGCAGUGAUUCCAAUCAAACAAUUACGCUUACAAAUUGUCCCACGGGACAAAUCUCAACAAAGAAAUCAGGUUUACGUAACGAUGUGAAUUUUAUGGAUUGUGCAAUUGAACAUCAGGCAGGUUCACAACAUGCGACAUUGAUGACGGGCAGUAGUACAUCGUCGUCGUCGGCCAAUUCUUCGUCAGUGUCAUCGCCACAGCAUGAUAGUUAUGAAUCGGGAACAAUAGUAACCACAGAAACAACAACGUCCGCUGGCGGUCAAACUAUGCAACAGCAGCAGCAACAGCAUCAGCAACAACAGCACCAACAACAACACCAACAUCAUCUGCAACAUCAGCAGCAACAUCUUUUCGUCGCUGACAUUACACAUUCACCACAACUAUCUUCUCAUAUCGUUACAACAAAUUCGAAUUGUGGCAGCUCGACCACAACUGGCGUCCGGAACGCACUUAUUUCGGAUAGUGUAAAUCUAAGUCCCACACCAUAUAACUAUUUUGAAGACUUGCCGCCACUGUUGCCCAUUGAACCACCAUUGGAUGGUUAUUAUAAUUUCUCGCUGGGUCAAACUGAAGGUCUUAUCGAUUUAUUUAAUGAUAUUGUUUAAUUUUAGAUAGUAAAAAAACAAA